AUGAGCCAGUCAGCUGAGGAGCUGUUAAUCAUCUAUGAGACAGAGGCAGAGCAAUGGGCCACGUACCUGCAUUCAGUCUUCACUGGUCCAAUCUCAGAGGCUGGAAUCUGCUGCUACGACAUUGCUACAGUGUCCAGCUGGCGGGACGACUUCCUCAUUCUGGCCCGGUACACAUGCAAGCUCCUGAUCCUUUCUAAGGGCAUGCUGGAGUGUCUAUGCAAGAUGCGGCGCCUCUUCCUGGCCCGUGUAUUGAGUCCCGCUGCUCAUGUGGUGGUGCUGCUGUGUGGGGUGGAGAGUCUGACCCCACUGCUGGAGCUGGUGCCCCUGAAUGGCGAUGAGUGCCUGCAGAUCUCCAGUGAACAAGAUGCUCAUGAGUAUCUGUCCACUGUGACUGACAUUGUGAGAAAAGGCAUGUCACCCUCAGCAGCAAAUGUCAACACCUUCAUACAAAAACCAUCAGGAUCAGAGCAAAGGGCUGGACAAAUGCAGUCAACUGGAGCCCACAGUGUCAGAUCUAGCAUUGUGGUUGUUCCUUCCAGAGUUCCAUGCGGGAGCCCUAUGGAAGUGUUCAUUCUCUUGAAAAAUGAGGCGGUUGGCAGCGACGCCGAUGUUGAGUUCACUGGUGAGAAGCAGAUGCUGAGAGUGAAGCCUGUCUGCUGGAAUGAGCGGAUCCUGUGUGUCAAGGCACCAGAUUUUCCUGCAGGGAAUGUAAGAGUGACUGUAUACAGUAAUGGAGUGCCACUGAGCAAGGCACAGCUGCAGUAUUACAGCAACAUGGAGGAAAUAACCCGCCUUUUGGCAAGGGCAGCAGACCCAGUUGAUUUCAUGUGUCAGGCUCUUCAGGAGUCCUCUGCGGAGAAGCUGGAUCAGAAGUUGUCUUCUAUGCUAUUGGACAGCAUGCCCACCGGAGGCUUUCAGGGACUGCAGUGUGAAAACACACCUGAAAAAGAGCUCCACCGUGCAGAUGUACCAACACUCCUUCACUUUGCUGCCCAGUAUGGAUUCAAGAGCAUCUCCAGCCUGCUCCUGCAGUGUCCAGGCGCUAAGCGAGCGCUGCACACAGCCAAUCGCCAUGGACAGACUCCCACUGAGAUUGCCAAGAGUCACGGUCAUACAGAGCUUCAUGUCUUAUUGAAGGAAACGCUGAAUAUGUUCAACUCAGGCGAGGACAAUGGUGAUGCCAGUGUGUACGAAAUGAUGUGCACCGCAGGGACUCCUUCCACCACAGAUGUACAGAAGGAGCAACAGGGAGAGGAGGAGGAGGAGGAGGAGGAGGAGGAGGAAGAUAUCUAUGCACCACUGGGGGUUAAUGAUGAAUAUGACACCAUCCUGAACUCAACCAAAGCAGUGGUUAUUGCCAAUCGCCCACCAGCACCCACACCUCGGCCUGAGAGCACCCAGGUGAAGGAGGACAGAACCCCUUACAUUGCUCAAGUGUUCCAGAAGAAGAAGACACCAAAGGGCGACGCUGAUCUGUAUUCACUUCCCACUAAACAAGCACGCGGGCGAGGAGACAGCAUCUCUUCCACCUAUGAUGCCUUUGUGCCAAACAAGAUACACGGGCUUCAGCAGCUCAUUGAGCUCCAGCAGAGGGUGAAGGCAGGUUCACUCACUGUGGACGGGGCCCUGGAGCGCUUCAGUGACUGGCAGCAGGUUCAGAAGGGCAUGGAUGCCGUCCAGCAGGAGAAUUUGAGACAACUGAGAGCUACUGUCAUCAACAACAGAGAGGAUGAUGAAAGUGUCUAUGAUAAAAUCAACAUCAUUCAUCACGCGCCAAGUGUUGCAGUGAAUGAAAGUCGAAGAGGAAGCCAAGCAGUGGAAUCAGAUUUUUACAGCAAGCCACUUAAAGGACAGCACUCAAAUUUCUUUUCAAAAGCCAACAAACGGUGAGAGUCUGAGAAAGAAAAGAAAACAACUGCCUCCACCGCUCAUCAGAGACUUGAAUCUUCCACCUGUUUUAUCUAGUUUAAUCUGCUUAAAUACAUACUAUGUCAUUUUAAUUGUAUUAUUUUGCAUUUUUUGCAUAUUUUGUAUUUCAAAGUAAGAUUUUUGAUAUAUUUCCAGUUGCUUAUUCAGCUCUUUUUGACUCUUUUAAAAUAUUAUGGAAGUAAAUUCUUGUUUUAAGGAAAAAGUAUCACAUAUCUAACGUACGAAGUGGGUAACUUUAACAGCAAACUUACAUUUUCAGUAUCAUUUUGAUCUUAAUUUAACUAAAUGUCUUAACUACCUUGUUAGUUCUAAAAAUGAAACUACUGAAAUAAAGAUGAGUUUUUAUACAUUGAAUUCAAUGUGACUGUACUGGCAAUCAUUUAGCAACUAAAUUUCAUGGGUCUGUGCUCCAGGGAAGAGGAAUCAAUUUCCCAGCAAGUCUUGGCUGUAAAACCCUUAAUGCCUUUGCCUCCAGAUGGCGCUGUAUCUCUAAAAAUAUCCAUUACACUCACUGAAGCAAAGACAUCUGGCAAGCACAGAAGCACCUGCUGACCUCAUGAUGCCUGGAAGGCAAGCUAGGGAAAAAAAUGCAUGCAUACAUGUUUAUGAAUGUAAACGCAGACUCAUGCAGCAGGUGAGAACAUCAAUGACGUGCCUCUCGCUGCACCUGGUUGCAAACAUGAAACGUGUUCAAUCUUGGUUUGCGUCAGCCUAAACAUGUCAAAAUGAAUCUACAAAUGAAGCGUAAUUGGAGUAAAAUGAAAAUUGUAAAACUGUUACAGCUCAGCUCACUGGAAUGAAUGGAAACGUCCAGUGAGGGGUGCU